AAUGUUUGUCAGUAUGUCGGAAAUCAAACUACUGGCCCACUGCCAAUUGUGACUUGAACUUCGAGGCUUUAACUGCAAAUAGAAGCAUAAGGUGAUUAAUUCUACCAAACGACUUUUCCCCACACGGCUGAAGUUAAUGCAGCAAAAAGGUACGGAACCGAUCAAUAAAUGCUUUUAACCCGGCUGAUCGAGACAGACUUUACCGCCGAGCACAACAACACACAACGGCUGUCGUCGCGCUCUGAAAAACCUCAACACAAAUAUUAUCGAACGCCCCCAAAAAAGGGGGCAUCGUUUUUUCUGCUGACCUGUUAGUUUGGAAAACAAAAUAAUGACGACAGAGUCUCUAGACCUCCCCCUAACCGUGUUUGGACCGUUCCACGUAAGGAGGGACUCCGGGUUAUGUGAUGCCCUUUUGCCACCAAGGUCGGACCAGCCCUCCCCGUCCUGUUCCCUCCAGUCCGCGGGCACCCUUUCCCGCUACUCUGAGACAGACGACCCGCUCACACAACCAGCACGCCUCCAUGGACUAUCGGGGCUACAGACCGGCUUGAGGAGAGAGCGGCCGAGAGAGAGAGGACUCGUCCCGAAGAAGGCCCGAUACCCGGCGUGGCAACACUUCAGAAACGGAGACUGCGGCACGAUGUUAGGCAGGAAGACCUUCACAGCCGACCAGUACCUCUACUCCAAGUCACCGCUGCUGCACCAUGACUUCAAGCAGAAGAAGAAGAAGCACGUGCGGCAAAGAUUCGUGGAGAAGAACGGUUACUGUAACGUAUCUCACGGAAAUAUCCGAGAACCCACCAGGUAUCUCGUCGACAUCUUCACGACGGUGAUAGACCUAAAAUGGCGGUACAACCUCUUCAUCUUCAGCUCGGUCUUCAUCACGAGUUGGCUGUGUUUCGGCUUCAUUUGGUGGGUCAUCUGUUUCGCCCACGGAGACUUCGAGCCGCGAGAGGAAGGCUUCACCCCGUGCGUGAAUGAAGUUUACGGGUUCACCUCGGCGUUCCUCUUCUCGGGAACACAGACGACGAUCGGGUACGGUUCUCGGCACAUCACGCCGGAGUGCCCGGAAGCCGUGUUCCUCCUGCUGCUACAGUGCAUCUGCGGCCUGAUCAUCAACGCCUUCCUCUUAGGCUGCAUCUUCGCGAAGGUUGCUCAGCCCAAGAAGCGAGCUCACACCCUGAUGUUCAGCAACGUCUGCACCAUAUCGAAGAGAGACGGCGUCAUGUGUUUGAUGUUUAGGGUAGGGGACUUGAGAAAAAGCCACAUAGUAGAGGCGCACGUCCGCGCGCAGUUAAUCCGUUCAUACACCACUCCCGAGGGUGAGUUUAUCCCCGUGUUACAGGAGGAUCUAGACGUAGGGUAUGACGACGGUUUGGACAGACUUUUCCUCGUUACACCCGUUAUAGUGUGCCACGAGAUCGACGAGGACAGCCCGUUCUGGGACAUGACACCUGAGGAAAUUCUCGCCGGGGAUUUCGAAGUCGUGGUGAUCCUCGAGGGGACCGUCGAAGCUACCGGCAUGACCACGCAGGCCCGCAGCUCCUACACCCCCGACGAGAUCAAAUGGGGACAUCGCUUCGAGGCCAUCACCACCAUCGAGGAUGGUAGAUACCAAGUGGACUACUCCAAGUUCAACACCACUAUUGAAAUCCCGACUCCGAGAUCGUGUACGCGGGAAAUCAUGGGCUUCUCCACGCCGACGUCCAAGCGGAGUUCCUCCCGCAGAAGUUCCUCCCUCAGCUCGGGGAAAUCUAUCGACGACGAGGACGAGGACAAGUCGUCGUCCGGGGUCGUGUUCGAGGAUGAACUGAACGGUUCCGUGGGGAACGCCGUGGACAAGUUUGCCUACCCCAUGUCGUCCGGCUUGUCUGAGGAUGUGAGGACGGGCAGGGUAAGAGUCAUACCCGAGAGUAAAGUCUGAGACUUCGUCAGAAAAGAUUCUGUCAUAUGGUGAAGUUGGUGACCACAGAAAUUCUUCAACUACUCAAGGAUGGGAUGGCUACCGUUCUUACCACAACUCAUCUU